AUGGAAAUAUGAUAACAAACAUUCGGCAAAAGUACCAUAAUGGAAAACAAACGGCAAUAUUAGCUCCAAAAUGUCUCAUACCAUUAAUACAAUAUUUGUUCAAGAAUCAUUUUAGCUGCUGCGGUUAUAUGAUUAUGACACACUCAUAAGUCAAAGAUGUGGCGUCAAUCGAAGAACAGAACCAGCUCAUAUCAUAGGAACACGAAAGGGCUCACCGGGGCAUAAACGAAGUCGAAAGCCAAAUGAAGAGAUCGUUUUUCUUCCCCAAAAUGCAUGAGCAAAUCAAAUCAGCAGUCAACACGUGCAUCGUAUGCAAUGAACACAAAUAUGAGCGGAAGCCUUAUAAUAUCAAGAUCUCGCCGAGACCGAUCACCGAAAAGCCAAUGGAACGCGUUCACAUGGAUAUUUUUUCCAUUAACUCGAAAAGUUUUCUUUCAAUAGUAGAUGCAUUUUCGAAAUUUGCACAAAUGAUACCAAUCGAAACUAAACACUUGACAGACGUGAAAAGUACACUAGCAAAAUACUUCGGUAGUUUUGGAACUCCAAUGCAAAGAGUCACUGAUCAUGAAACGACGUUCAGAUCAAUAAAACUAAAAAACCGCUCAAGAAUUUUAGGCGUUUUACUGACAUACGCAUCAUCAUCAGAAAGCAACGGCCAGUUUGAAAAAACGCAUUCGACAAUAAUAGAAAUCUACAACACAAUCAAGCACAAGUUUUUACACAUGAAUACGAUAGAUAUCAUCGCCAUUUCGAUUUCAUUGUACAACGCGACUGUUCAUACAGCAACAGGCUACACCCCAAACGAAAUAUUGUUCAACCAAUUGAAUCACACAAAUCCCAUUGUAAUACAAGAACAAGCAGAAAAGCUAUUUACACAUGUGAAAACAAAAAUAGAAGAAGCAAGACUAAAGCAAACGAAAGGAAACAAUAAAAAAGAAGAAUCACCUAUUAUUCAAGAAGGUCAACGCGUUUAUGUAAAACCGAAUACUAGAAAAUAAUUAGAUCCAAGAGCAAAACUAACUACUGCACAAAACGUUAAAGGCAGAACUUUUGAAAACUCAAAUCACGUAAAGAGAAUAAAAAUAAGAUCAAUAGAACUAAAGCAACUUAGAAAUUCGUCCGAGGACGUCCGUCUUACGCCCCCUGGAGGAAUUAUGUGGUAUAAAAGCCUUUAGCCACCCUAUAGCAUUACUGCUGGUAUAGGCGUUACAAUACCAUUCCGCUAUAGUGGCAGCGCUGAAGGAGCGGAAACGUAGAUCACUCUCACUUGAUACGCCGAACAGUAAAAACACGUUUAGGAGAUUUUUCAAAUUAUUAAUAGUUUAGUUAGGUUAAUUUAUGGUUUAGUUAGGUUAAGCAUCUAAUGUUAAAAGAGAAUAACAACCGCUUAUCUAACCGCCACAAUGACAACGCUACCGCUAAGUAUUUAAGCUGCUAUUAUCAAAACGUUAGAGGUUUGCGUACUAAAACAAAAGAAUUUCACCUAGCUUUAUCGGAGGCUGACUUCGACCUCAUCGCCCUCACGGAAACUUGGCUUGUUGACAACAUUCCAUCUGCUCUUCUCUUCAGCAACAACUUCUCUGUUUACCGCUGUGAUCGCUCUCUCAGCGGCUCUAGCUCUCGCGGUGGUGGUGUUUUGCUAGCCGUUUCUAACGCAUACGAGUCGAUAAAAUUACCUUCCCGUGAUCUUUCUCUCGAGUAUAUUUGUGUGCGCGUCACCUGCAAUAACGCACAUCUGUACGUCAUGGUAGUAUACAUUCCACCGCAGCUUAGCUCCGAGAUAUCGACUCUUCGCUCUCUACGUGAUUGUAUCAGCGGCUUCACUCUCACACUGAAGCCUUCGGAUCUGCUGUUUGUUAUUGGCGAUUUCAAUCAGCCCAGCAUAAGCUGGUCCACAGCUGAUCCUUCGUCCUCGCCAGCAUACUCAUCAAUCACGCACUAUGAACCAACUGCGCGCUCACUGGCCAUCAACACCUUUGUGGAUGGAUUUAAAUUUAACGGAUUAGUGCAACUUAAUCACAUCAAUAAUUCGCACGGACGCAUGCUUGACCUGCUCUACGCUAACAAUGCUGCAGCUAAAUUGUGUUCGCCUGUCUUUCCAAGUGUUGUUCCGCUUGUACCUCUUGACUCCUACCAUCCGGCGUUAGACUUCAAUAUACAGUGAACCCUCUCUUAUU